AUGGCGUCUCCUUCACCGAAAAAAGGCAAAUCUCCUAAAACAACCAAAACACCUUCUAAAAAGGGAGCUACAUCUCAAUCAACGUCCCCGAAGGCAUCUCCCAGCAAGAAUUACUCAGAAAUUCCCAAAAGAGUAAGAGACUGUUGUGCAAGUUGGCACGAUGUCGUACUUAAAUGGUCAAAACUGAACGAGUUGGGAACCACAGUGGCUAACAAAUUGGUGAAUUUUCGUCUUCAAAAAGAGUAAGUUUGAGGCUGUGACAGUCAGAUUUUUUCUCAAGUUUUUCCUGUUCCUCCAGUGGACUACAGUGUAUAAACAGACUAGUUAAAAAUAGCAAAGUACAAAACAUUUUAGACUAAAAGUAAAAUUACAAGUGUUAUUGGUAGGGAUAGUUUUCAGAGCAUUUCACGAAAUAGUUAACCUUUUUUACCUUCAAGUCUUACAGUCCGUAGUCUGCAUUUGCUUGACUGUCGGACUGUGAAGGGUUUUGUUUCGGGGCAGGGGCGAUGGUCGCGGGGUGGGAAAAGGAAGGAGAGCUUGCAACUACGUCUCUGGAAUUUGAAUAUCUGCAUAAAAAAGUUGAUGCGAUUUGCUGAUUGGUAGAGAUGACAUUUAGAAUGAUGUCAUUACUCUUGGCACGUGUUUUUCAAUGUUUGUUCACAUUGUGCUCAUUUGUGCUUUGCACUGAUUGGUGGACAUAUGACAGCUGAGCCGACGAAGAGCCACAGGGGAACUGGAGGUGAAAUUCAAAUUCCAGAGACGUAGUUGCAAGCUUUCCUUCUUUUACCCACCCCGCUGCCAGAACGCCCUGGAGAGCUGCUACCUGGGGUCAGGUUAUACAUUCAGCACUUAGGCGAGAGAGUAGGUGAGAAAGUAUGAGCUUGCUUUGCUGGGUGUUUUCAUUUCACCUUAUAUCCAACUGGAAGGCCUAAUAUAGAUGGGGGUGGAGGGUGGGGGGGGGGGAGGGUGCAAGAGACUUUUCAUGCGCAGGUUCUGGUUUCAGUACUGAAGGUUCCCACCGCACACGCACUCCGUGAAUUGAGCCAUAGGCUCAAAUUCCAGCUGCAGUUUGAGAAAAAUGAGCUUGCCCUCAUUCUCCCUCUCUUCAGGGAGGAUCAAAAAGCAGACUCUGGAUAUGGUGGAUAUCGAGCCUAGUUAAGCUAGUUCUUCCAUGACCACUAUGUGGCAUCUCUUUUGUUCUGUGCACAGUCUCUGUUAAAAUACCCGUUGUAUCUCCAUGUACAGAUAUAAUUCUGGUGAGGACGCCACUAAUGUUGUUGUCUCCAAUGAUCAAGACUCUAUAAAAAUUCAAGAAGAAAUUUCAAAGGCAUCCGAAGAACUUCCCAGAAUAUAUGGGUCUUUGGUAUGGAUAAAAAUAUUGUUGCUGUAUUACCAAAUAUAAUAGCAAUAUAGGGAACAUUGAUAGGGUAAUGGGGUUGUAUGUAGCCUGUGAACAGGCUUUCUGUUUGGAGACAGGGUGAGAGCCUGUAAACAAACAUUUGGGACCGUCUUUUCCUUGUUUGGGCCUUCCAUUAUUGUUCUUUCAUCUCACAUGCACUCUCCAUCUAUCGUGACUCAAAAGAAAAAAGGACACUGCUCGAAGUGUAUCUUUCAGGUGAAGAAAUUAUAUUUUUUUGUAACAGAUUUGGCAAGGUACACAAGCACAAUGAUUGUUUCUAAUAGCCUGAGGAUUAACGUUUCUUUAAGAUGGACUUUAUAUAAACACAGGUUGUACUGUUCGUCUUUCAAUGCCCGUUUUGUUGUAUUACUUUUUUCUUAGGCUGAUUUACUCACAAAAAUGGAGUCUUUGGUACAGACCUUCAGUGCGAUAAAAAGCUUGCAGAUGUCAAAACAAAAUGGACAUGUUUCCUCUGACAAAAGUCAAAUAUUCAGCACGUGGACAAUUGAGCAAUUCUGUGAGUAUUUCCUCUCCCUUUUUGGCAUCACCUCAAAUUUUCGAAUCUACACGACUCCAUCCCGGUGAACCACUUUAAAACAGUCCAGGUAUUAAAUGAAUGCAUAGCUCAAAAACAACUUGACUAAAAAAAGAAUCAGGGCUUGUUCCAGAACAAGCAGCUCGUACAUUUGCUUGCUUGGGACCAUUGUUUUCUUGACGUAGUUAAUUAUUUCGUGAAAAGAUGCAGAUAAGGCCCGGUUCAGACCCUGCUCCACUCAUGCCGAACCUUACUGAUGAAUUAAGUACCGCAAAAGAGCGAUGUCUGAAUCAAUUUGGUAUGGCAGUUUUAGUUUGGUACAGUAAAAGUGUUAAGUUUGACAGAGUCUGUCAAACUUUUGUCCAACUUAACUUGGGCACGACACCCAGUGCGCCGUCUGAAUCAGAUGUCGCGCUAGUGUCUCUCCAAAGUCAAACUUAUUCAAGUAGGUUUGGCAGAUGAAAAGUACAUCGUCUGAACCAGGCCGAAGCUUGGAAAGUUAGUUGCCCGGCAAGAAAACCUACUAGUCCCAGACUACAGGACAGGAAUCUACCAGUCCUGGGCCGAGGUUGUUCAAAGCUGGGUUAAGAUAACCCAGUGUUAGCAUGAGAUUUGAAUUCAGAUUCGAAAGCUUAAAAAGCCUUUCAGUUUUAAUUCUCUUUGUCCACAAGUUGAUGAUUGGAAGCUCUAAAAAUAACAGAGAAAAUUAUCCGAGAAAAUGGUUUUGAACAUAAGAAAAAGAGACCCAGGUUAAGCACUAAUUGGCCUUCGAACAACCGGGCCCUGGAGUACAGGACAGGACUCUUUUGAGCCGUGUCAGAAAUGGCUAAUUAUGUUGAUGUGAUGAUACUGUGUUUUUUUUCCCAGGUGACGCAUCACAAAGACUUUUUGAUUCAUACUGUAAUGAACUCUCACUUAAAGAGAAGCUGGUACCUGAGAUUACUCACUGUAGAAACAGAGAUAAACUGAUGGUGUACCUCUCAUUAUGGCUACACGAACCACUGAUCCAAGAUGAUAACAACAUACUUUUAGAGAGCAUGUUAAUAGAAGCAGAGCUCAGAUAGCAAGACAUACUAUAUUUAAUGCUUUUAAUGCAGUAAAGA